AUGCUACGUUCGUUUGUGGUUAUAAUUAGUAAUCCAAAAAAAUUAAAAAAUUUCGAUGCAAGCAAUUUACCACCAUGCAAAACUGAGUUAUUUCAACAAUUUCUCCGAGCUAAUUAUAUUACCAGCAUAUGGAAUAAUGCAAAUGAAAAACGACCGUCUACUUUUACUCCUGAAAACAAUGGAUGGACGUUUGAAGAUAACCAGUAUCAUUUUUAUUGGUUUGAUGGUGACCAAUUACCAGGACUCGUUAGCGAAUCACUUCAAGAAUCAGAAGAUGCUACCAGCAACAACAAUAUAACUAGUGAUGAUGAGGAUGAUGACUUGAGUGGACAGUAUCGUGAUGUACUUAAUGUUGAAAAUUCAAAUGAUUAUUAUGACGAUGAUGAGGAGACAAUCAAAGUAUUUCAUUAA